GGCUGCAGACGUAGCGCUGGAUGGUGGAGCGGUGAGACACAGUGCACGGCAGCUGAUGGAGCAGAGCUACGGGGAGGUGAACCAGCUCGGCGGGGUGUUCGUUAACGGCCGGCCGCUGCCGAACCCGGUCCGGCUGCGGAUCGUGGAGCUGGCGCAGCUCGGGAUGCGGCCCUGCGACAUCAGCCGCCAGCUGCGGGUCUCUCACGGCUGCGUGUCCAAGAUCCUGGCCCGCUAUAACGAGACCGGCUCCAUCCUGCCCGGAGCCAUCGGCGGCAGCAAGCCCCGGGUCACCACCCCGGUCGUGGUCAAGAGCAUCCGGGACUACAAGCAGGGAGAUCCGGGGAUCUUCGCCUGGGAGAUCCGGGACCGGCUGCUGACGGACGGGGUCUGUGACAAGUACAACGUCCCGUCCGUGAGCUCCAUCAGCCGCAUCCUCAGGAAUAAGAUCGGGAUUCAGCCGAGUCAGUCCGAGGGAGACAAGCCGGCUCCGGCUCCGCUCCAGUACGGACACGUCUACCCGUACCCCCCCUACACCGGGCCCGGGGUCUCAGCCACCGGCACCAGGACCGGCAGCGGGCCCGCCGGACACGUCGGCCUGCCGCGGAACUGGCACAACAUCCUGGGCAUCCGAGCUUUCAUGGACCCGGCAGCUCUGUCUGGACCUAAUGGACACUCGGCCAAAGUGGAGGACUGGACCAGUAUGACCAGUAUGACCAGUAUGAGCAGUAUGAGCAGCAGAGCGUUUCCCUCUGGAAUAAAUGGAGCAGAGAAAAUCAACAACGAGCCGGACUUCAAAUACCCACAGCAGUCCUCGUCCAGUCUGUCUGGUUACGUCUCAGCUUGUGCGUAUUCUCCACCAAACCAGUACGGUGCGUACGGAGGUCCAGCAGCCAACUACAUGAACACCGGACACCACUGGCAGCCUCACUCCUCCAGUCUGGCUCCCAGUCUGGCUCCCAGUCUGGCUCCCAGUCUGGCUCCCAGUCUGGCUCACCCCGGCUCUGCAGCACCGCUGGAGGCCACAGAUUUUCACAUCACGACAUCUUUCAAACUUUCACAAAGAGAAGAUUAUCUUCAGCCUCGUGACGACGCUGAGGAAACUCACAAGAUGCGACGAGACGUUCAAAGACUGUCAGAUUUUUACAAACCUAUCCUUCUGUCUGCCUGUACUGGAACUGUAGACCCUCCAGGACUUGAUUUAGUGAAGAAGAGGUGAAGGUAAAACACACAGAAAUCCAUGUUGGAGCUGCGUCUGUUUCCUUAAAUUGCAUCGGGAUGGAAUCAUCUUGUAAAAUAUCUUGGCAGAGCUGGAAGUAUAUUUUUCUAUGAAUGUGCUUAAUAAAGAUUUAAUAAUGCAACAGAAAAUUUAUCUCAGUGGGAAAAGAUUUCCAGAUGUGAGAGCAGAGAAGGACGACAGAUGUUCGUAUAGAAUUAUAAUGAUAAUAAUAAAAAAUAUAUUUUUA